CUGAACCUCUACAUCGAUCAAUCCGCUUAUAGCAGCCUGAGAUACAUUCGUACUCUUGCAGCUCUUACCGAUUUGUAGGCUUACAAUACUUUACGGGCAUUUUAUUUGACCUUUGAGUAAUUCCGAUUGGAUUGUGUUACGUCAGGACAUGUUAUACAGUGUUUUCAGGAGUCGUUGCAGAAUGUGCGUGCGGAUUGUGCUCCAGAAGAACUCACUGUUUGUGCUGCUGGUUCUGGCCGUCUCAUUGAGUCAAACGCGUUGUCAGGAGGAUGAAGCACAAACCCAGAGAGGAGGAGAAUCAGAAUCAGAGAGGGAGUUCAGCCCUUUCACCAGCAAACAAGUCCCACCGACUGACAUCCAACAGCUCACAACAGAUACUGUACCAAACCUCACGAACCUGAGACUGCUAAAGCUACACGCGGCCCUGCUGACCAAGAGCUUUGAGGGGGAUCAGAAGUUCUUAAAAGAGGCAGUACAAACCGUGCCAACCUCGCCUAACUCAUCAUCUGACAGUGAACUUUUGCAUCCAGUGCCUGAUGAAGACACCACUGAACCCACCACUGCGACCGUGACCGCUGCCACUCCUUUAAGGUCAGUCACUGGCAGCUCUGUGGGCCAAAAAAAACACAGCAAAAGCCGAAUGUCGAAGAUUGUGUCGACGACCAGCAAAGCUCAACAAGCUACUUUUACUACGGUAAAAGACAACUUUCACCGUCAGAGAACGUUGGACAGGGAGACUACUUUGUCACCACCGUCUCUGUCAACUUUACGUGAGAAAACCACAGGAUAUCAUUUUGACACACCAGCUGAGUGCAAUAUGAACUUCACUGAUGCCGAGGGUUAUAUUGAGAUUCCCCCGGACAUCUCAUUUGAUUCCCACAUAAAUUGCAUCUGCCUUGUUACUGUAUAUCCGGGCUAUGGAGUUGAGAUUCAGGUGUUGAAUGUGAGUGUGGAGGACAGGGCAGAGGUGUUUCUUGAGGAUCUGGGUGGAUCUGUGCCCUCUGUCCUGGCCAACAGCUCUAUGUUAUCCAAAGGUCUGGUGUUACGGAGCUCCAGUAACCAAAUCUCUGUACGCUUCAGCAGCGAACAGGCUAAUCGACCUGGUUUAUUGCUACUGCGCUACAGAGCUUUUGUUCUUAGUUGUGUCUCUCCACUGACUCCUAUUAAUGGCGACAUAUCAGUCACUAGUCUCAAGGUAGGGGGCGUGGCUUAUUUCUUCUGUCUGAAUGGCUAUCAGCUCCAGGGUUCCGCCUCCCUCACCUGCAAAAAUGCCAGCACGCCAUUCUGGAGCGGCAGAGAGCCCACAUGCCAAGUUGCUUGCGGGGGAACGUUGAAGAAUGCCACUCAGGGUCGGAUCAUCUCUCCGGGGUUUCCUGGAAACUACAGCAACAAUCUGACGUGCCACUGGGUACUUGAGGCCCCUGAGGGCCAUCGGCUACAUGUUCACUUUGAGAAAGUUGCUCUGGCAGAGGACGAUGACAGGCUGUUGAUAAAGGACGGGAUGAACAUCGAAUCUCCUCCCCUCUAUGACUCGUAUGCAGUGGAGUAUCUGCCCACCGAAGGGGUGACCAGCAAUGCCAGGCAUCUGUUUGUGGAAUUUACCAGCGACGAAUCGGGCACAUGCACUGGCACGGCCAUCAGAUAUGAAGCAUUUGCGGAAGGCAGCUGCUACGAGCCGUUUGUGAAUUAUGGAAAUUUCUCCACGAGCGAUCCGGUGUUUAGUGUGGGGUCUGUGGUGGAGUUUUCCUGUGAACCGGGUUACACACUGGAGCAGGGCGCUGUUAUUUUAGAAUGCGUCGACCCCAACAAUCCCCGGUGGAACGAGACAGAACCGGCCUGCCGAGCUGUGUGCAGUGGAGAAAUAAGCGAUUCGGGUGGCUUGGUGCUCUCUCCGAACUGGCCUGAAGCAUAUGACAAAGGUCAAGACUGUAUCUGGGGUCUGCACGUGGACGAAGACAAAAGAAUUAUGCUAGACGUCCAGGUUCUUCGUCUGGGAAGGAAUGACCUGCUCACCUUUUAUGAUGGGGACGACCUGACGGCCAACAUCUUGGGUCAGUACAGCGGUUUCCUUCCUCGAUUUAGACUCUUCACCUCUACAGCCGAUGUGACCAUCCAGUUUCAGUCUGAUCCGGCUUCUAACAUCUACGGAUACAACAACGGCUUCGUGGUACAUUUCUUUGAAGUGCCACGUAAUGACACCUGCACAGAGAUUCCGGAAAUUCCUAAUGGCUGGAAGAGCACGUCUCAUCCCGACCUGACCCACGGAACCGUGAUCACCUACCAGUGUUACCCAGGGUUCCAUCUGCAGGGCUCAGAGAUCCUGAUGUGCCAGUGGGAUCUAACAUGGAGUGGAGACGUACCCUUCUGUGAGAAAAUUAUGUCAUGCGAGGAUCCAGGGCUGUUGGCGAACAGUCGCAGGCUGGUGAGCGGCUCUCGUUUUGCAGUCGGGUCCUCGGUGGAAUAUAUCUGUAAUAAAGGUUACUCACUUUCUGGCCCUGGAGUUCUCACCUGCUACAGUCGAAAUACAGCAGACCCCAAGUGGAGUGAAAGACUGCCCAAAUGUGUUCCUGAGCGAUAUGAACCCUGCAGUAACCCGGGUGCCCCCUCCACGGCUAUCCAGAGCACAGAGAAAGCUUUCUUCCAGACGGGAGAGACUCUGAGUUUCACCUGCCGUAAAGGCUAUGAACUUCAGGGUGAAUCUACAAUUCACUGCCUCCCUGGACAUCCCUCUCAAUGGAGCAGUAUGCCCCCUAUGUGCAGAGCAUCGUCUGGAAACACAGAUGAAUACAAACUAAAUGCAGCUGCAGCAGAAUUUGGGGUGGAGGGCAUCAACAUUGCCAUCGCGGUUCUGAUUCCUGUAGCUGUGGUGCUAAUACUUCUCCUGGGCGUUUUCUUCUGCGUCUCAAUAACUCAAAGCAAGACCCUUCAACCCCCUGGGUCUUCAUCUCCACCGUAUGACAACAUGACUGAAGAAUCAGCAUUUGACAACCCAGUUUAUGAGACAGGAGAUUCAAGGCAAAACGAGGUGUGUAUGUAAAUCAUCUGUCACUUGAAACCUCUCCUCGAUGAUAAUAUCUCUACAUUCCCUUUUCCUGCUGGCUCCUGUAUUGUUUCUCUAGAUGACUUUGGCCAGCACAUAAAAGAUAACGGACAGUAUGAUGUUAUUUCUGUAGCACAUCGGAGACUGGGCCCUGUUCUGUACUCUUUUCUUGUUUGGUAAAACAGCCCAAGGCUCAUGCUUUGAGCUUGGACAUUAUCAGAGUGUGCUGGGUUCUUUGUUUCACAUUGGGGGACAACGAAGGUGAAACCUGUUUUUAUCCACAUGCAGCAAAACCCUUGGGACUCUGGAGGGGGUGUGGCUAGAGGUUCAGGAUGGUGAUAAAGCCAUUGGAGGGUAACACUAGCACUGAUGAUUGUAACUGCAUGGGGACUUCUUGCAGAAAUCUUUGUAAAUAAACUUUC